UUGGUAAGUUAGAUUAAUAUGAGUGAACAUAUAAAAAGGGGAUCAAUUGAGAGUCCUAUAGUAAAAACCAAAAUCCAAAAAAAUAGAUGAAAACCAAAAAAAAAAAAAAAAUUGAUAUAAAAAAAUUAAUUAAAUGAAUUAAACUUCUUAUAAUUAAAUAGAAUUUUAAUUAUUAAUAUUAAAUAUUGCAUAAAAUAUUAAGAAAAAAUUGUUUCUAAAUACCAUUUUUGGAACCUUUCUCUCCCAGCACUCCAAGAACUUUCCGUCAUUUACUGAGAAAGUAACGCAGAAUCCUCGAAUCCCAUCAACGGCAAGGUACACAGUACACACAUGCUAGAGAGAGAGAGAGAGAGAGAGAGAGAGAGAGAGAGGAAACUCUGCGUUGUCUAGAGAGAGAGGGAUGAGGGAUUUGAUUAGGAUAAGAUGGGGGUGGCGGUGGUCGCCUUCUUCGAGGCUUCUGCUGAUCGUUACGCUGUCACUGAUUCUGGUUUCUGGGUCCACGGCUUUACUGAGUUCGACGAGCUACUUCAAUUGGAUGUUCGCUACUUCUUACAAUCCAUGGCGAUGGAGAUCUUCCGUAACUCCGAGAAUGAACGCGACGUCUACAUCAAACGAUGGCGUUUUUAACAGCUCUUCUUCUUCUUCUACUUCUUCUUCUCGGAUUCAACCACCAGUUGGGGAGAAGGAAGAGAUGUGGAACGGUACUAUUAGUACUACUGCCGGCAUGAACAGAUCACCUCAAAGCUUUGUUCCUAAUUCAGUGAUUAAUGGCUCCCCUCCAGUGGGUGCAAGUUCCCGGAAGGGUAAUUAUUACAGCAAUAAUUUUAAUUUAGAGAGGAUUGAAGCUAGCCUUGGGCGUGCUCGAGCUGCCAUAAGAGCUGCAGCUGCUUCCAGUUCCAGCCAUGGAAGCAACCAGAUGCAGCGGCAGCGGCAGCAGCAGCAGGAUCAUCCUCAUCUUGAUAAUUACCUCCCUAAAGGCCCAAUGUACCGGAAGGCCACUGCCUUUCUCAGAAGCUACUUGGAAAUGGAGAAGCAAUUGAAGGUGUUCAUCUACGAAGAAGGAGAGCCCCCAGUGUUUCAUUACGGCCCCUGCAAGCACGCAUAUGCAAUAGAGGGAUUGUUCAUUCAGAGCAUGGAGGUUAGCCAGUUCAGGACCUGGGAUCCUGAGGAAGCCCAUGUUUUCUUCCUCCCCUUCAGUGUCACCAUGAUCACUCAAGUUGUUUACGUGGUGAAUUCCCAUGACUGGUCUUCCAUGAAAAACACAGCCAUGGAUUAUGUCAAUCUCAUUGCCGCUAAGUAUCCCUACUGGAACAGAAGCCUAGGAGCCGAUCACUUCAUCCUUGCUUGCCAUGACUGGGCGCCUGAAAUCUCCUUUGCAGUGCCAAACCUAUACAACAACUCCAUCAGAGCGCUAUGCAACGCCAACACCUCGGAGCAAUUCAACCCCGCCAGAGACGUCUCCAUCCCAGAAAUCCACCUCCCGACGGGCACCACGGAGGGCAUCCUCGGCGGCCCGCCGCCGUCCCGCCGCCCAGUCCUAGUGUUCUAUGCGGGUGGCAUCCAUGGCCCCAUCCGGCCGGUGCUGCUGGAGCACUGGGAAAACAAGGACCCGGAUGUCCAAGUGCACCAGUACCUCCCAGAGAACGUCUCAUACUACGGGAUGAUGAGAAAAAGCAAGUAUUGCAUCUGCCCUAGCGGCUACGAAGUUGCCAGCCCUAGAAUGGUGGAGGGCCUUUACAUGGGCUGUGUUCCAGUGCUUAUCAAGGACCAUUAUGUCAUUCCAUUCAGCGACGUUCUCAACUGGGAGACUUUCUCAGUGAUAGUUGCAGUGGAGGAUAUCCCAAACUUGAAGAGAAUUCUGAUGGGUAUUUCUUCAACCCAGUAUUUGAAGAUGCAAAGGAGGGGACUGCAAAUGAGGAGGCAUUUUGAGGUUAAUUCGCCUCCAAAGAGGGAAAGGAGGACGGAGCAUCUGACGUCAGUGAUUCUAAUAGAGAAAGGAGUGGGUAUGGAGAAGUUAAGAUGGAGUCUGAUCAUAUCGGCCGGAGCAAAAAUCCGGCGUCAUUGCAAGCCUUUACAAGUCGGUCGCCGGCACUUUCGAGCACGCCAAGGAGGCCGUCACUGGCGGCCAGACGGCCAUGGAUUAUGUGUUGAGUGGAAAGAAGGAAGAGAUAAAGCACAAGGCAUAUCAGGAUCAGGCGGCUGACCAUUCCGAGGGUGGAGAAGUUGGGGCUGACACCGAGUAUGAAGCCGGAAGGAAGUUGCAGGAACUGAAGCUGCAACAGGAGGGAAACGAAUACGAUGAUGAAGAUAGAAGGAGAGCCGAGGCAGACUGGGAAACUACAGCCAACA